GGUAAAGGUAUAGAAUGAGGCGACUGAGCCACUCACCCGGAAGACUCCGAUGAGGAAAACAUGACGAACUGUUAAAUUACAAUCAGAGCAGAGGAAUUUUGGAGAUAAACGAAAGCCGAGCCCCCCUUCACAGUUUACCGCUUCUCUCGCGUCGACUUUAGCAGGAGUCCAUGAUAGCGCAGAAAGAUAAUUCACUCAGCGGGACACACUGGAACGGACGGAGAAACACCAGGAGGAUGCCGAGCAACACGAACUUGAAGUGAAAAUCGUUACGGCAAGAUGUGAGAUGAAGCAGGAGAAAACAGCGACCGAGGCCAACGACAUCAUGUUGGUCCGGAGCUCGCACGGCCGAGGCCGAGCCAGAGUGACUCAUGCGGUGGUGGUGAUCUUCCUGGAGUUCUUCGCCUGGGGGCUGCUGACCACGCCCAUGCUGACCGUCCUCCACGAGACGUUUCCUCAGCACACCUUCCUGAUGAACGGCCUGGUUCAAGGCGUGAAGGGCUUCCUGUCGUUUCUGUCGGCUCCUCUGAUUGGUGCACUGUCAGACAUCUGGGGCAGGAAGUCUUUCCUCCUCAUGACGGUUUUCUUCACCUGCGCCCCCAUUCCCUUCAUGCGGAUCAGCCCAUGGUGGUAUUUUGCUCUGAUCUCGGUCUCUGGAAUUUUCGCCGUGACCUUCUCGGUGAUCUUCGCCUACGUGGCCGACAUCACAGAAGAGCAUGAGAGGAGCACGGCCUAUGGACUGGUCUCGGCGACCUUCGCGGCCAGUUUGGUGACGAGCCCGGCCAUCGGGGCCUACCUGUCCGCGCAGUACGGCGACAGCCUGGUGGUCCUGGUCGCCACGGUGAUCGCCGUAGCAGACAUCGCCUUCGUGUUCUUCGUCGUCCCGGAGUCGCUGCCGGACAAGAUGCGACUGACGUCCUGGGGCUUCCCCAUCUCGUGGGAGCAGGCCGACCCCUUCGCCUCUCUGCGUCGUGUGGGGAAAGACACCACAGUGCUGCUCAUCUGUGUCACAGUGUUCCUGUCCUACCUGCCCGAGGCCGGACAGUACUCGAGCUUCUUCCUCUACCUGAGACAGGUGAUCGAGUUUUCUCCUGCAGCCAUCGCCGCCUUCAUCGCCAUGGUGGGAAUCCUCUCUAUAGUUGCUCAGACUCUCUUCCUCAGUGUUUUAAUGAGGACCAUCGGUAAUAAGAACACAGUUCUUCUGGGUCUGGGUUUCCAGCUCUUCCAGCUGGCCUGGUACGGCUUCGGCUCUGAACCAUGGAUGAUGUGGGCGGCAGGAACAGUCGCAGCCAUGUCCUCCAUCACCUUCCCAGCAGUGUCUGCUCUGGUGUCGCACAGCGCGUCACCUGACCAGCAAGGUGUGGCCCAGGGGAUGAUCACAGGUAUCAGAGGUCUGUGUAACGGUUUGGGUCCAGCUCUCUACGGCUUCAUCUUCUUCCUUUUCAACGUGGAGCUGAACGACAUGGAGCCGGCGGCAGGAAGACCCACACAGAACACAGAGAAGUCGAUCAUCCCCGGUCCUCCCUUCCUGUUUGGAGCGUGCGCCGUCUUGUUCGCUCUCCUCGUCGCCGUCUUCAUCCCCGACCACCACCGAUUGGCCGACAUCAAGACCUGCUCCGCCCGCAAGUCCAGCAGCACCUCCGCUGCACACGCUCAGAACGCCAGCCCCAUGGCCACGCCCACUAGCGACACGGAGGACAUCGAGCCGCUCCUACAGGACAGCAGCAUGUGACAGACAGCCGGCCUGGCUAAUCGGCGCUGAGGCCUGAGCCCUGUCUACUAGUCCCGCCCCCCUCAGAAUAAACAGAUUCAGUUUUUUUUUUUUUUUCUUCAGAUUAGAGUCAGGUGACGUCAGGCGGCAAACACACCGACGAGCUUUGUUUCCACACAGGUCACAUUUAUUUCCUCUGAUACGUUCACAGGCGACGUGGUUCGCUGAGCUGCGGCGUGUUCGUCAAAUAAACUACAAAUUUAGACUCAGACUGGGAUUAAUUCUCGGUGUUAGUAUGGCUUCAUGUGGUCCCUCCUGUUCUGGUCUCUGUUUUCAGACCAGAAAGUCAAACCGCUUCGUCAUUUUCUCGCCGGCGUCUUUCUGUCUGUCUGUUGUCGCUCUGCUCCUCCGUCACUCAUCAUUGGUAUCAUUAAUACAACCUUUAUGCCAAUGUUUGAGUUCUGCGUCCGUGUUUAUACUCCUGAAGCCGCUGUAGCUCCUUGCCCAGGUGUGUUUGGGCAGGUAAUGACCAAAGGGCUUUAAACCUCUCGUGGGAUGUUCAUCAGGAUGUCUCUGUCUAUGAACGUCACAUAAACACAAGUGAGACAAAACCGCUGCCGCUGUUAAGACUGAAGCUCAACGCUGAGUUUAAACAAAUCAGUUUCACACAGUCGGGUGUGUUUUCCCCACCAUGACACCGUUUGCAGAUCAGGAGGAGUUUCAGUAAAUUGUGUUGCCGUCUUCAGUUUGCAAAGAGCUUCAAACAUCCAAUCACAUCGAAGCUUCACAGAGAAGAUUCGCUGGUUUAGUUUGGAUCAGAUGACGGUAAAGACAAACAGGAGUGAGAUCGAACCGGGACGCCCCCCCUGCCCUGCUGUUUGAUAUCUCAGUUCUGGUUUCAUAGCCGUCAGUGUGGUUGCCGCCUAAACACUCGGCUGCACCUGCUGCACCUGCUGCACCUGCUGCACCUGCUGCAGCUGCUGCACCUGCUGCAGCUGCUGCAGCUCCACCCGUCAGCUCUGCAGAGGUGGAGACACGAAGCGCCCGUCGCUGUGCGGGGCCAGCAGUGAGGUGGAGGCGUGUUGAAUUCGCUGCACAGCUGACACAGAACGACAGACGGUUUAAACUGAAACUGAGAGGGCGGUGAGGUCAGAGCCGCUGGGGAUUGUGGGAUAUGAAGUCUUUGCCUGCGGGGCAGCGUGUUUGUUUCUGUUGUUGCUGUUUAUGAAUCAUCUCUAAUCUCAUCCGGACUCUGACAGUUUACACUCUGGAUUUCUGCAACUGAGACUUGUGGAUGACCGUCACCACGGCAACGGCCAACCUGGGAGUCACUCUCACUGAGCACGUGCGAGCUCCGGCCGACUGUGACAUCAGUCCCCUCCUGCUGCGUUCAUGUGGAGGAGCGAAGCAGCGUCUCGUCAGAAACCUUCAUUCAUUUAGGAAAUGAAUUGAAAUAGUUUGAAGUGCGUUCAGCCUGGACGGUGUCAUGGAGGGAAAAACAACCUGAACUCCUCAUGUAUUAUUAUUCACCCCCUACCCUGUAAAAUCUGUGUGCUACGCAGGAUUCUCUUUAAAGAACAGUGUGUAGACUCAUAUUCUGUCUCAGUCAUCACUGAUGACCCACUGGACGUGUAUUCACCUGCAGACAUGCUGCCCUCGGACGCCACUUCCUCAUUUUAUUCUUAUUUUUCUGUGUUGAGACAUUUCUGGGCCAGUCGAUAUGUAGCCCUCAGCCAAUGACAGCGCACAGGUGAGGCAGCAACCAGGUACCACACGAGCAGCACGUAUAAACAGUGAAGCUGCAGAGACGGCGGCACAAGAUAGUGUUUAACAGCCAAAACCUGAAGCACCUCCCUAGAUCUCAGUCCCAGAUCCAGAUCAAACCACGUCACAGGCGGCAGAUCCACAGCGAGGCUGCACGCCACGCCAGGCUGGUUUUUCCUCUGUGACACCUCAGCGCUCAGUGCGCUUCAUUUAUCUCACCUGAGCUCAUCUAUCCACGUCUGUUCUUGUGCUGAAAUACUUGAAGUGUUUUGAGCCUGUCUGUUACUUCCAGGCUGUUCUGUCAGUGCCCCCGCCGCCCCACCUGCCCCCUCCAGGUGAAUCAAAUCAGCGCUCAUAGUUACUGAUGUUUGAACAUGUGUUUGUGGUCCAGGUCUGAUGGCCUGAUGGUCAUCUGUGCAAUGAAAGCUGUUCUCGCCGUCUUCAGACGUUAAACCUCAGACGGCUGAGCGUUCCGUCGGCGGGCUGUCGAGAACCAAACUGUGCCAUGUUUUUAUUUCCUGCUUCUGCUUUUUUUGUCACUUUUGCCUUUUGUUAGAUGUUUUUAAGAGGUCAGAUCACAUCAUUCUGCUCAGUCAACGCUGCUGACGCUGCAGCCACGAGUACAGAAGCAAACCUGUUACCAUGGCUGCAGCCAGGCGAUGCUGUAUCCAUAGCAACAGGUCUGUAACUGCACUGAGUUCAGUUGGUCUCCGCCAGGCUGUCCACAACUGAGACAAAAUGGGCGACAGUGUUAAAAGUCAGUUUAAUCCUCGUUCUGCUGCGUCCUUAAACUCGUUAAAACGAUCGUCUGCUCAGAGUCUGGACGCCACUUAGACCCAGUUUUAACACCUCACUCAGUCCGGAGUUCAUUCCAGUUCAGCCUCGCAGGAGGGAAACACUGCAUCUGACUGGGGAUCAGUUGGCUGACAUGUUAGAUGACGUCAGUCUGUAGUUUCAGUUUAGUGGAGAAACAGAUGCUGAGGAUUCAGGUCUUUUCUCCAACAGGACCUGAAUGCAGCAUGGGCGCGGUCAUAGCUACAGACGCACCUGAGCGAGCUGAGGACGAGGUGGACGGCGGCGCGUCGCUUCAUGAAGCACAGUCACGUUGGCGGGUUUUCACCCGCUCAGAUUCAGUCUUCGCUCUUUUUCUCUCGCCUUUCGUCCGUCAGCUCGUUAAAAGUUCUGGAACCAAACUUUUGUGAUCUCAUGUUUGAUUUUUCUCAAAGAUGAUGUCAAACAGAAAGCUGGACCUACGGUAUAUUUUUCUACAGUCAGACGCUCUGUAGAGUUGUUCCUCCAUGUCCCAGAAUCCACUGCGGUGUUCUGAACUACACGCAUGUCGUGAUCCUGGAUCCUGGUCCUCUUUAGUUCUGUCUCUUUCAGCUGCUGCUGCGUUCACGUCUCGUCGGGACGUUUCUCUCCAACGUCAUCAGAAAGUUUCUCCUGAUUUUACAAACGUUUCAUUGAUCAGUAAUUCAAUUUGUUUUUGCCAGAACUGCAACGAUUAAUCAAUUAGUUCAUUUUCCAAAAUGUUCUGCACCUCAGUCAUCAGGAUUUCCAGCUUUUCUUCGUCAGUCCUGACAGUAAAUGUUUGGAUUGUGGACUGUUGGUGGUUCAGAACAGAUCUCCAGGCUGCAGGAAGUUUUCUUCAUCGCUCGUCAUCGUCCAUCGUUGAGACGAAGGCCGUGGAAAGAAGAGAUGCAGCUCAGCUUUCCGAUGAGACGUGAAGUGGCAGCAGCCGACCUGACGGCAGACAAGCGAAGCUUUUUAAACUCUUUUUGUACGUCAGCACCUGCUGCUGAAUAGAAACCUCUAAGUUUACUGAGAAGACGUGUUUUAGCCGAUGAUAGAGUCACUUAUGCAGUGAGACUUUUCUCCCUCGUGUACAUGAUGCAGAACGUUUGCUGAUUGCUGCACUUUAAUUUCUCUGAACGUGUGCCUCUAAUCAUUCUUCAUGUUCAUAUCUGUUUUUAUAUAUAAUCAAAGAGACGCCGGACGGCGUCCAUGUGUUGUGCAUUCGCAGUUGCUUUCUUUUAUCUUGUUAAGAACGUAAUUUUGAAUAAUAUCUAUGAUGAUAAUAUUAAUAAUAAUAAAGAGAAAUGUAUGGAAUUUGAA